AUGUCGGACGGAGAGGGGCGACAGACGGAGGCUGUUUUCACUCAGCUGCAGCAGGGACACAUUUUUAUCGACACAGGCUCCUCCGGGCCGGAUGAUAUCUUCGAGGAGGACUCCUACUCUCCGUCCUCGCUGUCCUCGUCCUCCCUGUCCUCCGUCCCGGCCGCGGCCUCCCUGCAGGGGAAGACUCUGUGCACCUCCUGCGGCCUGGAGAUCGUGGACAGAUACCUGCUCAAGGUGAACAACUUGUGCUGGCACGUGCGCUGCCUCUCAUGCAGUGUAUGUAAGACGUCACUGGGGCGACACGUGAGCUGUUACAUCAAAGAUAAACAGGUUUUCUGCAAACUCGACUACUUCAGGAGGUAUGGGACCCGCUGUGCUCGCUGUGGCCGUAACAUCCACUCCAGCGACUGGGUGCGUCGGGCCAGAGGAAGCACCUUCCACCUGGCCUGUUUCUCCUGCACCUCCUGUAAGCGCCAGCUGUCUACUGGGGAGGAAUGUGGACUCCUGGAGAACAGGGUUUUCUGCCGACCGCACUAUGAAAUUAUGAUGGAGAAUCUCAAACGAGCAAAGGAGAAUGAGCAACCAAAAGUAGAGGAAGAGGUGGCAGACAAAGAUGACUCCAGCUCCAUGCCCAGGCCUGCUAAGAGGGCCAGGACCAGCUUCACUGUGGACCAGUUACAGGUGAUGCAGACCCAGUUUGCCAAAGAUAACAACCCGGAUGCCCAGACUCUGCAGAAGCUGGCAGAGAGGACUGGUCUCAGCCGCAGGGUUAUUCAGGUUUGGUUUCAGAACUGUCGAGCUCGUCAAAAGAAACACAUCAGCCCAAGUGCUGCCUCUUCAGCCAUGAUGACAUCACUCACUCCUGGUCAGCUGACGCCCCCUCUGAUGGAAGAUCUGCAAUAUACAACCUAUAUUUCCCCAGACGCACCCCUCCUCACUACACUGACUUACAUGGAUGUCCAAACUCCGGAUCCACUCUUGCUUCAGCCCCUUAUAUCCCAUUCACUGACACAACUGCCAGUCAGCCACGCCUGA